AUGGAGCAGAAUGUGCUGCUCCAGAGCAAAAGGAUUUCUAACAGUGGUUUACCGACCAUUUAUUUGCUGCUAGAUAUCAUGCAUUCCUCUCCGAAUAAAACAGAAACUUCAAUUGACUCCUUCCCAACUGCCUUCGCUAUUCCUUGGGGUCUUGUUAAACUUAUUCAAGGUUUUUGGCUUCUAGAUCACAAUGAUUUUGAAAAUUCACUGGCCCUGCUCUUUCAUCCAGCUACAAUCAAAACUGCUUCCUGGCAACACAGGAGAAUUAUUCAGUCCCUCAUGUGCCAAGGAGAGCAUAGGCAAGCCCUGAGGUACCUGCAGAUGAUGAAGCCCUCGGUGUCAAGCAGUGCUGAAGUGUGGCUUUUCCUCACUGUGCUGUUGUCCAACAGGUGCAUGGUAGAGGCUUGGGGUCUGGUACGGCAACAUACCACUAAGUUAAACAUCGAAGAGCUGUUAAAACACAUGUGUGAAAUCUGUCAGGAGAUGGGACUAAUGGAAGACUUACUGAAGCUACCUUUCACAGACACUGAACAGGAAUGUUUGGAGAAGUUUUUACAGGCCAGUGCUGGUGUUCAAAACCUUGAGUUUCUUUUAGUCCACCACCUCCAGCGUUCCAGCUAUAUCCCAGCACUAGAGCUGAAUCAGUCGAUGAAGGUUAAUCUUAUGAGUGAUCGUGACCCUCGCUGGAGAGAGAGAGCAGUGGCCAGAAAUUCUAUAUUAGACCAAUAUGGCAAGAUCCUUCCUAGAGUUCAAAGGAAGCUGGCUGUAGAGAGGGCUAAGCCUUACCACUUGCCUUCAUCAGUCUUAAGAGAAGUUGCAAGACCAAGGCCAUUAUCGGCAGUAACAAAACAAGCUCCUGCAGGAAAUGUCCAUACAAGGGCAACUUUCAUCAGUCAUGUAUUGUCAAAAAUUGGAGAAGUAUGGGUAGGAUAUGAGCAAAAAACCUGUUUCUCACAGCAUGACAGUCCAUUACAUUUUCCUUUUAAUUCUAAUCCUAGAGUUACAGAACAACCGGUCAUAACACGUCCUGUCCCUGAUGCAGUGGUGCGCCAUGCAUUUGUUGGAUCACCAGUUACAACAUUCUCACAAAAAUCUUCUAGAUUGCUGGAUUCGGUGGUUCGUCCUGUUCCUUCCUGUUCUGCAGCACAGGGUGGAAGCUGGUGGUCACCAUGCAGAGAUUCUACUUCAUUCAUGGCAUCUAGCCCAUUGAAAUCCAACACACAUGGUUCCAUCUUAGAAAAGAAUUUCUCAGGAGCAUCAGAGCUGAAUUUACUAGAGACUCCUCUUGUGGUUAAGAGAGCUAAAGUUAUGGCCACAUCUGCUUCUGGUUUUCCUGGGUUUACUCCUCAGUCUAUUCUCAGAUCCAGCCUUCGCACCACACCCCUAGCAACUCCCUCUGCAUCUCCAGGACGAUCAGCCACUCCUCCUCUGCGAGCAAAGGAAGCUAGAAUAUCUUUCAGGGAAGAGAACCCGAAUGCAGAAUGGACUGUUGGGGUAACAGAAGAUGAUAAAGCACUGUCUGGAGCUUCAUCUGAGCAUCAUCAUGGAGUGGGGGAAGACUUUUGGUCUGAAAGUAGAGAUAAACCAGCUCUGUUCACUCAGAGCAGUCCUGAGGACGAUGGUGCUGAAAUGGGAGAGUCUUCAGAAAGCAUAGCUGGAAACGAUUUGGAGAAAAUGGGUGUCAGCAAAGAAAGUAACUUCUCUGACAGGUCCGACCAAACUACUUUGGAGUAUCAUGAUGCAAACUCACCUGGCGAUUUUGAAGAUGAUAUCAUCUUCAUAGCUGCUAAACCAGCUAUUUCUUCCACUCAUGAAAUUGACGAUUUUCAAGAAUUGGAGAAGGACAAAGACAGUGAAACAGCUGGAGACAAACCUUUCCAGAUGGAACAACUGGAUUUGUCGGAACCCAGAAAAGAAGCUGGAGUUGUGGAAGAAUCAAACACUGGAUGUCUUACCUUACCAGAGGAUGGUGGAUUGGUGUUUAAAGCUGCUGAAGCUGCUGCUUUUGGGACUGACAGUGAAAGUGAAACAAUCCGCCAGGAGUCCAAAAUGUCCUCUUCAUCAGAAGAUAAAGCCAUGCCAGCUGUAACAAGUGCACAGCUUUCUGAAUGCUCAGAGGCACGCAGUGACUCUGUGAGAAGUAUCCUUGGCAGCAAGAAUGUGGUUGGUACUCAUUCAGAAAAUGACCUGCAGGGGAAGUGUGUGGAUUUACCUAAAGAACAUAACCGGGAAGCAGCUGAGGCUGAAGAAAAUCUUCCUUUUCUACAGGAAGAACGAACUGUUUCCAACAGUCUUCCUAAAACUGAGGAAGUGAACGUUAUUGAAGGCAGUGUGGUUAAAGCCCAAAGCGAAGAAGCAGCACCUGAAGCAUCACCAAGCAGUGAACUACAUCCGUCAGGCAAUCUUCAGUACAGCUGUGAUACUAUAGAGCAACAGUUUGCAUGUGAUCUGCCUGAUAACAACCAUGGUGAAUGUGAUGCAGCUGCGGAGGAUGGAGAGCUUUUUGAAUCUCAGAGUAAUUUUACUUUAGUCUUGGAAGGAGAAGAAGGUGAAGGGGAGAUGGGAGGCCCUGUGUUGGUAGCUGCUUCUAACCCGGCUGGCACAACAGCAGAGGAAAAAGCUGCGAACAGUUUAGGAAAUGCUGAAACCCAAGAACAUGUUACAAACUCAGUAUCCACUGUAACUAGUGAUCGGGAAUCCCAAAAUAUUGUAGAGGCUCUCCCAUACGUGCCUGAACCCAUUAAGGUAGCUAUUGCUGAGAACUUACUGGAUGUGAUCAAAGACACAAGAAGUAAAGAAUUUACAUCUGAAGUUGUGGAACAAUCUAUUCAUGAAACCAUAGGUAAAAAGGUAACCAGAUUCCGGAAGGCAAAAGGUCCCUUAACAAGUGUGCCAGAAGGAGUGGAGGAUGAAACCAAUAGUCAUCAGGUAGAGAACGUCAUCACUCCUAGAACACGCAGAAGGGGGCAACUGAGUAGAAGUCUAGUUAUUCCAUCAGCAGGCGAUCAGCAGCUGCUGAAGACGGACAAUCCAGUUCUUUUUGGACUGUCUCCGAGGAGAAGUACCAGGCGAGCCAAAGCAGCAUCUGAGACUUCCAGUGUUCAAGCAGCAGGAAAGGCUGAAGAUGAGGAGAUCCCUGUGAUGCCUGUUACUCCUAGGAGAGGCAGGAAGCCUAAACCAACCAAUUUAGAAAACGCAGAAAGUAGCCAUUCUGAUGGACAAACACUGGCCAUCAGUACGCAGUCCAUAGCCGGUACUCCAAGAAGGGGAUUAAGGAGAGCAAAGGAAGCUGUCUCUGAACUCUUGGAAGAGGUGAAUGAGGAAAUGUCUUUUGCUGAAGGUAGCAUUAUUGCUUCUGCUACUUCCAAAAGAACUAGAGGACGAAAAAGUUCAUCAGGAGAUCAAGAAACUGGCCAGAUUGACACUGACCAUAAGACAAAAAUGGCAGUCAGUCCUAGUAGAAGUGCAAGAAGAGUGAAAAGCAGUAAUUUACAGUGUGCUGAAACGACUGUCAAGGAGCCAGAGGUGCAGCCUAGUGACCAACUACUUUCACCUGUGCCAGCUAAAAGAGGCAGAAGAAGAAAGAUGAGUUCAGCAGAAGUUUCAGAAAAUGUGGACCUUGAUCUGUCUAAAUCAUCGCUUCCUCAAACAGAAUUUAAGCUCCCUGUCACUCCUAGAAGAAGUGCUAGGAAGGGGGAACAAAAUCUCUUGGCAGACACAGAAUCUACCUCUACUCAGGCAGGCAUGCAUUCAGGGGGGAACAUGGAAAUCCUCGAUACUCCUAGGAAAAGAACAAGAAGAGUUCAUGCUAAACCAGAAGAAGGAGAUGAUACCUCCAAGCAAACACCUUCACAGCCAGAUGAGGCAUCAACAACACCCAGGCCUAGAGUAAGGACAGGGUAUCGGGGCAGAAAGAAACAAUCAGUGUUGGAGGAGAGCACAGGGGAGGAGGCUUUGCCCCAAGGACCUGGUGGCAGUCCUUUGCUGCUUGAAGACAUAAACCCAUCUGGCCGUGAUGAAACAUCAAGAACUUUAACUGAACGAAUUACAAGAACCAGAUCCUGCAAAACUGCCCUGCAUCAGAAACUGUCUAUUGAGGAAAAUGAUUCCUUCCUUUUCUCUCCUCCUCUCGCAAAGCUGACAAAAAAUUUCAAAGCUGGAAAAGCAGACCAACCUGUGGAGCUUAAGGAUUUGGACCCGGACUUGUCUUCUCAAUUUGUCUUUUCACCGCCUCUUUUGAGGUCAAGGAGAAAAAAUGUAUCUAGCAUUUCCCACACUGUGAAAGAACCAGAGCUUCCAGCAAAAGAGGAGGAGGAUACCAAAUCCACAGAGUCUGUGGGAAAGCAAAAACCGAAGAGAGGCAGAACUGCAAAAUCAAAAUUGAAGAAAGCAAGCAAAACCCCAAGAAAAGAAGGUUCUUGGUCACCUCCACCAGUGGAAAUAAAAUUAAUCUCUCCUUUUGGAACUCCAGUGGAUGGAACAAAAAGCAAAGAGAAAGAAACCGCAGAGGCAGCAGAGAAGAUUCUACGAAAGAACAAAAAAAGACUGUCUAAUUUUCCAAAGCCUGUUGUGCGCCGGAAGAUGCUGUAACUGUUUUUUUAAUUUUAUAAUGUACACCACAGUUUGUAAAGUCAUCAAAAUUGUGUGGAUUAGUAAAAAGACAACUAACCAUCUGAUUUAGAAGAGAUAAUUUAUAUAAAUUAUUGUAAAAUUUCAUAAACAAAGGUCUUCAAUAAGUAACUCCAUGUGGAGUGUGUUUUCCUCAGUCAAUGCAGUUUUCUAUUUUAUAUUAAGACUUCAUACAUUUAUAUAAUAUGUAAAUACAGCUUAUUUUAGGAAUGUCAAAUAAAAAUAUCUACUUCACAAUA